AUGGAAGCUUUGAAGCAAAAAGGAGAGAGAAUCGUACAGUGGGGAGUGAAGUUUGAGUGUGACGUACUUCUUUUGGUUAGAUUUAUAAGGCCUGAAGAUGUUCCUGUACAGUAUGGUGGAUUGAGUCGACUCAACGAUUUGCAGAAUGGUCCUCCUAAACCAGCCUCCGAGUUCACUGUCAAGGGAGGAGAGAAAGUGAACAUUCAAAUUGAAGGGAUUGAGGCUGGUGCAACCAUAACGUGGGACCUUGUAGUGGGGGGAUGGGACUUGGAAUACACUGCAGAGUUCGUGCCCAAUGCGGAGGGUAGCUACACCAUUGCGGUGGAAAAGCCAAGGAAAUUGAGUCCAUCAGAAGAGGCCAUUCAUAACUCCUUCACAUCAAGAGAAGCUGGGAAAAUGGUACUUUCUGUGGAUAAUUCUGCUUCCAGGCGAAAAAAGGUUGCUGCUUAUCGUUAUAUUGUGCGCAAGUCAGCCCUGGUGUAGCUUCUCAAUAGAGGAGUUUGUAAGAGUAUUUGUCUUAAUUUUGUUUUAUUUUGAUCCUUUUUUCUGUCUUCCCCCUUUAGGGGUUUAAUCAGUGAUUGUGAACUUUCUUUCUCUCAAGUCUACUUGAUAGUACUAAAUUGCUAAUGUGCUGUAUAAAUAUGGAGUUGUCAUUAUAUGGCUUAAUGUAUACUUAAUAGAAGAAGAAGCAGUUUAACUUUCGCUUAAAAA